AUGGCAUCGCCCAUCUCGCAGAAGCUGGAGGAGAAGCUGGUGUGCUCCAUCUGCCUGGAGCUGUUCAGGGUCCCCGUGACCUUGCCCUGUGGGCACAACUUCUGCAAGCACUGCAUCAGCAACCACUGGCACAAGCAAGAGCAGGCGCCGGCCGGGGCUGAGAGGGGCUACACGUGCCCCGAGUGCCGCAGGGGCUUCGACCGGCGCCCGGAGCUGGAGAAGAACGUCACCCUGUGCAGCGUGGUGGAGCUGGCGCGGGACGCCGAGGCGCGGGGCUUGGGCACGGAGAGGUGCGAGGGGACCCACGGACGGCGGGGACGGAGGGGUGAGCAGGGGGAGUCGCGGCGGCUGGGGGCGCUGGCACGGGCUCUGGCCAGGGAGAUGCCACCAGCGCCCAGCUGCUCCCUGAGAAACCAGGGGCUGUCGGGAGCAGCAGAGAGCUGGGCCCUGCUGGAAGAGUCCCUGGAAAAAGCCCAGGAGGAAUCGGAGAGAAUCAAGCAGGAGAUGCAGGAGCUGGAGGAGCAAACGCGCAGCAUCAAGGAGUCUUCUGAGGGGCUCAAAUCAGCGAUUCUGAGCAAAUUCACCCUCCUGAGGAAAGCCCUGGAGGAUUGCCAGUGGCAGACGGUGGCCAGGAUCGAGCAGGAGCAGGCAGCGGCGCUGGGGCGCGUGGGGGAGGACUGGAGCCUCCUGAAGGACCACCUGGACGUCCUUGGCCAGCACAGGGAGAGGGCUCAGAGUCUCCUGGCCUGCCCCGACCACAGGACCUUCCUCCAGGAGUUCCCCCUGCUUCCAUCUCUGGAGAGCCCCGAGGCGCGGCUCCCCGUGGAGUUUGACGUGGCCGGCGUGGUCAAGCCCAUCACUGAGAUCCUCACUGACAUCUCCAGGCUCUUGCUGGAGGACCUGCCUGGCUCGGUGGCCCCCAAAGCCCCUGACCCUGUUGGCCAAGGCCCGGUGCAGCCCGAGGGGCUGGCGGUGAAGGUGGUGGCCCCUCUCCCCGAGUGCCAGCUCCGAGCUGAGCUUCUGAAGGACCACCGCAACCUGACCUUUGAUCCCGACACGGCCAACAAGUACCUGGAGCUGUCAAAGGGUAACCGGAAAGCCAAGCACGGCCCCGGUGCCGUCUGUGGGCGGCAGGAGCAGGGCGCCCGCUUCGAGCCCUGGCAGGUGCUGUGCAGCAGGGGCCGGGCGGAGAAGAUCCGGGAGCGGCUGUACAAGAACCUGGGGGUCAGCCUGGACUACAGCAAGGGGCUCCUCUCCUUCUACGGCCUCGGGGAGAGGACACAGCUCAUCCACUCCUUCCACCAUGUCUUCACGGAGCCCCUCUAUCCCGUCUUUUGGCUGUGCGAGGGGCGAGCGGUGACGCUGUCCCGGAGGGGCUGA